UCUAUCAUUCACUCUUUCAGUCAGGCUCGCGAAACAGAAAUAAUAAAGUUUUGAGAUAAUUUUGGGUCUUAUUUUAAUAGUGAUUUAGUCAAAAGUAUUACCACUUUUGUUGUUUGAUAACAAAGUAUUGUUAUCAACUGUUAAUUCGGGGAAUGUAAUUGAGAGUAUUGCCAUAGUUGCAAAAAUAUAAUCGGUUCACGUAAAGGACUCGUCUAUUUGUGAUGGAUUUGGAUGUUUGAAGGAUUAAAAUGGCUGGAAAAGAUGAUGAUGAAGUAAUACUGCAAACGUUUAUGGUCAAGAGGUCACAAAAUAAAAAGUUAUUUACACCGGUUAACUACAAGGAGCGCUGGCUGGUUCUGACUCGUCGAGCACUUAUUUAUUAUGACACGGAUGGAGAGCUCGUCACACCAUUUCCAUCGUGGUCCACUACGGCUUUGCGUCGCUGUAUCAGGCGGCCUCUGCGUAAUAACUUUGGUCUUCAGUUCUUCAGACAUACGACAGACGUGAAACGGAAGGAGCGCGGGCGCAUCGACACUGGUGCGAUCCAUACUGUGGAGCAAGCGCAGUUGGGGGAACUGAGCAAACACAUACCCGAGGGUGACGGUGAGAAGAGCCCCGUUUAUAGAUAUCCCUUUCAGGUGGGGUACUCGGAACAAAACACAGACUACACAUUAUAUCUCGUGGCCGGUGACCACACAGAACGCCUGCAGUGGAUCCACACAAUCAGAUCGGUGUGCGGUGUGACCGCUCGAAGAAGCCGGUACCACCCCGGCGCGUGGUCUGCGCGCCGCUGGAGCUGCUGUGACGCGGAGCGAAGGUCUGCCCCUGGCUGUGCAGUCUCAGACCUUUGGACCCUCAUAGAGUCCGACCUUGACUUGCUCGCACCGCCGCAGGACAAUCGACUAUCGAACGACGUAGCACCCGUCACGGCGGCAGUAACCAUGCCGGGAGGAGGUGGCGCUCCUCCGGGCACACCGUCUGCCAAGCCAAAGGAGAAGCAGAGAACCAAAGUAGUGGUAGCCCUUUAUCCGUUUAAAGCUAUUGAGAGUGGCGAUCUAUCACUGGAAAAGGGCGCCGAGUAUGAAGUGAUAGAUGACUCUCAAGAUCAUUGGUGGAAAGUUAAAGAUGAAAACGGGCUGGUAGGCUACAUCCCUAGUAAUUAUGUAAAAGAAAAGGAAACAAUAGGAUUGCAGAAGUAUGAGUGGUACGUGGGUGAGAUGUCCCGCCAACGUGCCGAGUCGCUCCUCAAACAAGAAGACAAGGAGGGGUGCUUCGUAGUGCGCAACUCUUCCACCAAGGGCAUGUACACGCUCUCUUUAUAUACCAAAGUUUACCACCCUCAAACGAAGCACUACCACAUAAAGCAAAACAGUCGCAGCGAAUACUACCUAUCGGACAAGCAUUGUUGUGCCAGCAUUCCCGAGCUCAUCAACUACCACAAGCACAACAGCGGAGGGCUAUGUUCCCGCCUGAAGACGACGCCGUGUGACCGGCCCGCGCCGCCCACCGCCGGACUGUCGCACGGUCAGUACGAUAAAUGGGAGAUAGAUCCGUCGGAACUGGUGUUGUUAGAAGAGCUUGGCGCCGGCCAGUUCGGCGUAGUGCGGCGCGGCAAGUGGCGCGGACGCAUCGACACCGCCGUCAAGAUGAUGAAGGAAGGCACCAUGUCGGAGGAUGAUUUCAUCGACGAGGCGAAGGUUAUGACCAAACUUCAGCACCAGAACUUGGUGCAGCUAUACGGGGUGUGCUCGAAGCACCGGCCCAUCUACAUCGUGACGGAGUACAUGCGCCACGGCUCGCUGUUCAACUACCUGCGCCGCACCUCGCCCGACCAGCUCGGGCCCGCCGUGCUGCUCGAUAUGUGUAUACAGGUUUGCAAAGGAAUGGCGUAUUUAGAAAGACACAAUUAUAUUCAUCGGGAUUUAGCCGCAAGAAAUUGUUUAGUCGGUGAUGAAAAUGUUGUAAAGGUAGCAGAUUUCGGGCUGGCGCGAUACGUGUUGGACGACCAGUACACCAGUUCUGGUGGUACGAAGUUCCCCAUCAAAUGGGCGCCGCCCGAAGUACUCAACUAUACCCGAUUCUCUUCCAAAUCAGACGUCUGGGCUUUCGGUGUUCUUAUGUGGGAAGUUUUCACUUGUGGCAAAGUACCUUACGGACGGAUGAAAAACUCAGAUGUGGCGGACAUGGUACAGCGGGGUAUGCUGCUCGAAAAACCUAAAGGCUGUCUUAACGAAAUAUAUAAUGUGAUGCGCAUGUGCUGGCGGCGGUCGCCGGAGGAGCGGCCGUCGUUCCGCGUGCUGAAGGAGGAGCUCGGCGUCAUCGCGCACUCCGUGCUGGCCGACUGACUGCGCCUGCUGCUCGCGCUGCUGCGGCCCUCGCCCGCCUGACCACGCACCCGACCGACCACAGCCGACGACUUGCACUGCCAGCUGCCUCUAUUAUGAAUCUAAUCAAAAUAUUGCUGUUAAAGUUGCAGCGGUUUCAAACUGGCGAUAUUUACCAAGCGCACAGCUUACUCAGUGCUCAACAUUUGUAGAACGCGCGGCGUGUAUGAACGCUCUGAUGUGUGCGCCCGCGAGCCUUAACACUGACAGCUACCAGCUACUAGACUCUUUUAAGCUCGGAAUGUGCCACGCGUGGGUGUCCGUAAGCUAAAUCGAAUCACUAAAUACACUAGAAUGAAACUGCUGUAAAUUUAAGCAAUUGGACUAUGUUGUCCUAACUUUUCUACACAAAUGUUUACUUCAAUAAUAAUAUUUUUUCAUGGCAUUCCAAGAAGUCGGCGAUGGUUCCUGUUUCAGCACAUUCAUGUCGCACUAAAACCGUUGCAAUGUCACAUGAUUUCAGAAACAACGUAAGAUCUAUGUACGCACGCGUGUAAUAGCACAGGUGUUUGCUUGCGCCACACUGUUGAGUUGCGCCACAUGGGGCAAGCGCCUCCCCCCGCAGUCUCGUGGCCGCGGACGGCAGCAACGCUAAACCAAGUAUACGUUAAUUAAUCGCUUCCGAAAAAACAAUAAACACAACAAGAAUGUUGAUUCAAAAUUAUGUUUAAAAAAAUAUUAUUUCGUAAUUUAAAUUGGCAAAACUUAUUAGACUCGUAUUUUUCUAUUCCCCACAAAAUAAUAACAACGAAAAUGCGACGUGUUAAACUUUUUUAUGACAUUACUGGUUCGUACAAAUUGUAUAAUGCCAUGACGUAAAAACCUGCAGUCUCGAAUUUUAAUGCAAUAUUUCUUGCUAAUCCAAUGGACGGACUAAUUGAAUACAAUAUUUUUGUCAACUCCCUAAUACUUUCCUGGACCACGAUGUUGAAAUAAAAUUCAAUGUUUACUUUGUGAUUUCGGCCGCGUUACUCGCGGUUUUAAACUAGGGCAUGCAAUUUCGGUAAAACGAAAAUUACCGGUAAAAAAUCGGUAAUAGAAAUAUUUUUACCGGUAAACCGGUAAAACGGUAAUUUUUGUAAUUUUUUUUAAAUGUGAUAUUAUAACAAUAAGAUUGGGUAGU